AGAUUUCCUUUAGAAAAAGGAGCAAACUGCCUCUGUUGUUUAUGUUUAAGUUUCCAUCAUUCGUGACGUUGUCUUGUGGCAGGACGCUACGAAUUCAAAGCCGGCACCACACCGGGCAGUUGCCUAGUACGUACUCCGGUGACUUGGCUCAUCACGGAACGUCAGCUCCAGAUUUCCCCUUGGCCCUUGCUCGCCCAGUUCAGCGGCCGGGCGUGUCCUGUGGUCGCCAUGGACAACAGCUCAUCCUCUUCCUCGCCGCUGCACGUCGUGAUCUGCCCGUGGCUCGCCUUCGGCCACCUGCUGCCCUGCCUCGACCUCGCCGAGCGCCUGGCGUCGCGGGGCCACCGCGUGUCAUUCGUCUCGACGCCGCGCAACAUCGCGCGCCUCCCGCCUGUCCGGCCAGCCGUGGCGCCGCUAGUCGAGUUCGUGGCGCUGCCACUCCCGCACGUCGAAGGGCUGCCCGAAGGCGCCGAGUCCACCAACGACGUCCCGUACGAAAAGUUCGAGCUGCACCGGAAGGCGUUCGACGGCCUCGCCGCCCCAUUCUCCGAGUUCCUGGGCGCCGCGUGUGGUGCCGGCUUUGAAUUCGUAGCGUCCUGCCACAAGACAACGUCACGAAUGAUGGAAACUUAUACAUAAACAACAGAGGCAUUGCUCCAGAGGUGCGAGUCAGGGAUGUCCAUCGCCGAGCGUGUCUCCUUGACACUCCAGAGGUGCAACCUCGUCGUCAUCCGGAGUUGCCUCGAGUGGGAGCCGGAGAGCUUCCCUCAACUGGCGACGCUCGGCGGUAAGCCGGUCGUCCCCCUCGGCCUCCUGCCGCCGUCACCCGAGGGAGGCCGCGGCGUCAGCAAGGACGGGGAGGACGCCACCGUGCGUUGGCUCGACACGCAGCCGGCCAAGUCGGUCGUGUACGUGGCCCUAGGAAGCGAGGUGCCUCUGCGCACGGAGCAGGUGCACGAGCUGGCCCUCGGGCUGGAGCUCGCCGGGACGCGCUUCCUCUGGGCUCUACGGAAGCCCAGCGGCGUGCCGGACGCCGUCGUCCUCCCUCCGGGGUUCGAGGAACGCACGCACGGCCGCGGGCUCGUAGUGACCGGGUGGGUUCCUCAGAUCAGCGUGCUGGCGCACGACGCCGUGGGCGCGUUCCUGACGCACUGCGGGUGGAACUCCACCAUCGAAGGGCUCCUGUUCGGGCAUCCGCUGAUCAUGUUACCCAUCUUCGGCGACCAAGGGCCGAACGCGCGGCUGAUGGAGGGGAGACAGGUCGGAGUGCAGGUGAGGAGGAACGAAAACGAUGGUUCGUUCGACCGAGAUGGCGUCGCGGCGGCGGUCCGUGCCGUCGCCGUCGAGGAAGAAAGCAGGAUGAUCUUCGUGGCCAACGCGAAGAAGAUGCAGGAGAUCGUGGCGGGCAGCGAAGUCCAUGAGAGGUGCAUCGACGGGUUUAUUCAGCGUAUGACAUCGUACAAGGAGUGAAGGUAUCUGGUUGAUCGUCGAUAUAUAGAGAGCAGUGGGAAAAGUUGUUUAAGCAGGCAUGAUGUGAGUUUGAAAUCCUGCGUGCUGUGAUUUGUUCAGCGAGACGAGUAUACU